AUGAAAUUUCAAGAACCAAGCACCGAUAUACAAGAAGUAUGUAGUGAAGUUACGGUUGACUCAGAUAUUGAUGCUGGUUCAUUCGGUGGAGAUAGUUCUCAUAAAACAGACACUGUUUCUACUAAUAAUGUCAUUUCACGCACGAGCUCAACUUCUCAAGAGGAAAGGUUCUUACAAUUUCAAACUCAGGACAUACCAAAUCUUUUGAUGCCCGUUCAUCGUAGAAGACGUUCUCAACCUGCGAACAAAGAUACUGAAAAUGAUUCAGAAUCUCCUUCAAAUGGUAGCAAUAACACUGAAAGUUCACUUAUACUUCAUAAAGAUUCGGAACUUGCGGUAACCAUUAAUAGAAUGACAACAGCUUCUCGAGCUGGUUUAGAUUUGGCAAGUAUUAUAACAGGAAUUGCUUUGGAAACCGCAAAAUUAUCUACGAGAGCUGGUUUGGGUUUUGCGAAAACUGUUACUGGUGUAAUAUCGGAUAGAUUGGUUCAAACUAUGUCAAGGGAUGGUAAAUGCGGACUUAUUGAUACAUCAACAAAUCUUUUACAUCACACAUUAAAUAUAACCGAACAAGUUGCAUUAGUUAGUUUGGAGUUUGCGACUGAUACGGCACAAUUCGCUUUCGGCACAACAAAUGAAUCCAUGACCAUAAUUGAUACCUUGUUUGGUACCACGGAUGCGGCAAAGGCUUUGGCUGAAUUCGUACAAUUGGUAAAAAGAGAAUUUAAUGUAAGUUAUGAGCAGGAUGAUAAUUUAGAAGAUAACCUUGGUACCUUUGGAGCUUUUCGUGUAAUAAAAGCGUUAACGGCUUGGGCUUGUUUACAAUACGUUACAAAUUCUAGAAUGGAAAAUGGAAAAACCGGAUGGAAGAGGGUUAGGUUGGUAGAUCUUUCGGAUAUGUAUGAUUGGGUACAUGUAUCAAAGUCUGAGACUGAAGAUAUGAAAGAAAAUAUUUAUGAUGAAUUAGAAUAUUUGUUACUUGAAGAUGAAGGGGAUGAAGAAAUGGUGAUUAUAUCAAAUAAAUCAAAUAAUAUAGUUAUAGGUGAAUUGACACCAAAAGAAGAGAUACCUGGAUUUAGAUUUAGUAUGUCGGAUGAAAAAUCUAAACGUUUAAGUGACAUUUAUUUGGAUGCUACUAAAAGAUUAAGUAAUCCUUAUUUGGAAGAAUAUGAAUUUCAAACCGAAGAUGAAAAGUUAUUUUCCUUACUUCAUAAUUUAAAAAGAUACUCAAAAUUUGGUAGUAGCGCUUAUGAUUUUAAAACAGCUAUUAUUGAUAAAAUACCUUUCCCAAGAUUCCCAAUUAAAUCACAGAGGUGGAAGGAACGUGGUAGAUUACAUAGAUUUUCGUUCGCGUCUAAUACUGAUUUACCAUUUGAUAGUAUAGUUGAUUCUUCACAUACAAAGACACCAAAAAAUCCAAGUAAUUAUCAACCUUCUUAUUUCAUAAUAAGAGAUCAUACUACCGAAAGUAUUAUAUUAGCUCUAAGAGGUACGAUGAGUAUACAUGAUUUAAUUGUUGAUCUUACUUGUGAGUAUGAAGAGUAUCAAUUACCCGAAGAUGUACAACGUGGAAUUGAUACUAAACAUAAAGUGCAUAAAGGAAUGUUUCAGGUUGCAAAAAGUCUUGCUGAACCUGGAAAUACCGGCGUUUUUGAAGUAUUGAAAAGGGAAUUAGAAGCUAAUGAAGGUUAUGGUUUGGUAUUGGUCGGUCAUUCCCUUGGUGCUGGUGUUGCAAGUUUAUUAGCAUUGCUGUUGGCUUCACCCACGACGCGACAGACGACGGUAUGGUCACGUCUUCCACGUGGUCGUAGAGUACACGCCUACGCAUUUGCGACUCCAUGUGUAAUGUCCGCCGAGUUAUCAAAGCGGGUACGUCCAUUGGUAACUUCAGUUGCAUAUGGUAACGAUGUAGUCUGUCGAUUAUCGUUAGGACAUGUAAGAGAUUUAAGGAAUAUGGUAAGAUUUUUGGGAUCUAAUAAACAAAAAGGUGGGGAAGAAGGACAGGAAACGGCAAGUAAAAUUAUAAGAAAAGUCCUAGAUUAUCAAAGUAGAGCGUUUUUUGCAAAUACUGAAGAAGGUAGAAAAGAUAAAGAGGAUUUUGAGAAUUUCUUUUGGAAAGCACGACAAGAUGUUUAUAAACAUAUGCAAAGUGAAAAAUUAUAUCCACCCGGUACAGUUUAUUGGAUUAUCGGAAAUGAUAGAAAACCUUAUUGUGAUGCUAGUUAUGACGAUGAAGAAGGAAGCAAUAAGGAAAAGGCUUCUGAUGUUAAAGGAAAUGGAAUCGAAAAAGAACUUGGCGAACGUGAUGUCAACAACGAUGACGAUAUAUUUGAGGAAAAGGGUAACAUUACGACGAGUUCUGGCAAACAAUAUAUAAUGUUGGAAAUUGAUGAUGUUUCAAAGAUUUUUGAAGAAAUUUGGUUUUCUUCCCAUAUGAUGUUUGAUCAUCUCCCUCAUAUGUAUGAUGAUGAAUUUAAAGAGCGUUUAAAAAGAUUAUUGCAUAAUUUUCAAGCACCUAUCCGAUACGUUAUUGCUUAUGGUAGUGGCGUCUUUCCGCAACAAGGUUACGAUUAUGAUCAUAAAAAGGAUAAACCCAUGAUUGAUUUUCUAUUUGCAGUUGGACAUCCACAACAUUGGCAUUCGUUAAAUAUUAAUCAAAAUAGAAAACAUUAUAGUUUUAUGGCUACUUUAGGUAGUGGUGCUAUAACUAUGUUACAAGAAAAUUUUGGUGCCGGUAUUUAUUAUAAUCCAUAUGUCAAGAUCGAUGAUACGUUGAUUAAAUAUGGUGUCGUAUCAAUAGAUAAAAUGUGUAAAGACUUAUUAAAUUGGGAAACACUUUAUUUAGCAGGUAGAAUGCACAAACCCGUUAAAAUAUUAAGCGAUGAUGCAAGGGUCAGAUUAGCACAACAAGUAAAUUUAGCAAGUGCAUUACGUACUGCCUUGCUUCUAUUACCAAAAGAUUUUACCGAAGAAGAACUUUAUUUAACAAUUUCUUCCAUAUCAUUCAAAGGUGAUUUUCGUAAAUAUUUCGGAGAAAAUCCUAAUAAGAUAAAGAAUGUUGUGUCGAGACAAAUGAAAAAUUUUAAUCUAUUAUAUGGAGGAUUAAUACAAGGAUUACCUAAUGUUGAUUUUGUCGCAAAUGGAAAGUUGCAGCAAGAUGAUAGUCCAAAGGCGAGAGCUCAAAUGAUACAGAAACUACCUAGAACAUUAAAGUAUAAAGUACAAGAGGAACAUAGAAUGGUAUUGGCUGGGAAAGGAAUCCAAUGGCCGUCAGGUGAGAUAUUGAAUUAG